UAAAGUAUCACGUGACUCUUUACGUUUUAAAACUUCAGCUGUUACAGGUAAACUGCCUCUGAGAGUGUAGUAUAUGUUUGUACAGGUUUGAUUUUUUUACUUCCUUGUUUGAUGUUCUCGGACGUGAACACACAAUCGGAACCGUGGGUGAUAUUUCAUGUUUAUGUAUAUGUACUGGCGCGCGGCAAUGGUGUGCUAAACAGUACACAUAUACAUUCAUAACAACACAGACGCUAACCAUAACAUCGGAAUGGAGCGUAGUCAACAUAAAGUUAAAAGCAAGCCUACGGGCUCUCCCCCGGCUGUGUACCCUGGAAGGGCUCAACCGUUUACUGGAUCCCUUGAUAGGGGCCGUAACCAUGCCGACAGACCGACCUCAGGUUCAAAAGCAUCUCGACUUGAACUUGGUCGCACAUCAGAAGCAGCUAAGCUUGACAGGAAACCCCACACGGCCACAUCAGAGGACUCCGGAGAUCUGUCCGAUCUACGAAAAGUUCUUCACGUCGUCUCGGAGCUUCAGAAGAUUGACCUUGGUGCAGCGCUGAAUCUCUACAAAACACUUAUGAAGAAGACAAAAAAUGAAGAACAUAUGGUAUUGGAGGAAAAGUACCUGGAGGCUCAAAAUGAGCGAAUGGAACAGCUCACAUCUGGGACAAUCACACGUGAAAGGGAGGACAUAGAGUAUCAGUUUAACACUCUGUUAAACGAAAAAGAACGACUGAAAGAAGAGAACGAGAAGUUGGAAAGCAAAUGCAAAGAAAGCGAAAGUUUGCUUGAAAAGCUGCAACGUACCAAAAAGGAAAAUAGGAAUUGCAUGGUCGAAUUAAAAAGUAAAGACGAAGCAUUGAAGCAAGCUAAGAUCGAUAUAGCUGCUGCAAUGACCGAGAAAAACGAGGCACUGACAAGGUUGAGUAAGGAGUUGGGGACGAAGCUCAGUGACAACAACCCGACUAUCGCUGACCUCAGUGACCCAAACAGAGCCAUGAAACUGGGGGAGAAGUACAACGAGUUGUACGAUAAUGAGUGGACGGACGCCAUGGAAAAACUUGGCGAGUUUGAGGAUGAUGAUAGACAAAACGUGCAAAAACUGCUAGACAUCCUCAAGGUAAGGGGUAUUUAUAUAAAAGUCACAUAUACAUGUAAAAUACUUUUUGGAGUAAUCAUAUAGGAUGAAGAUGUGGUUUUACUAAUUCGAUAUAACCUUCAUUCUCGUUUAUCAUGCGCCAAUACAUAUGUAGUAACAUUUUGUUAUAUUAUCUCGAAAGAGUAACAUGUGUAGGAUAAUUUACCGAAAGGGUUCUGUUUACUUUUCACCAGUUUUGAAAACAGAAGUGUCCAUUCCCAACAGGUCAUUGUCACUAAAACAGAUACGUGAUCCAGUACUUCAGAACAAAAGGUUUUUCUUCUUCAAAUUUACCAUAUUCGCGAAUCCAAGAUAGACCGUGUCAUAAAACCAGACAUUUCUGCAACAAAUGCUUUCACUUUUUUCUGACCGUAAAUGAAAAUAAGCAUUUGGUCUCGAACGGAAAUCAUUUAAAACCAAUGCAUUCAAAAACAAUAUUUAUUUCAUUCUUUGAACUUCAAACUUUUGAACACUUUUCACGGGUUUAGUUUUAGAAAAGUAUUUUUUUCAUCGACUAAUGCAUAUGUACAGUACAAAAAAUUCGUUCUUCAGCAUCACAACAAAGAUACUACCUCGCCUGUAUCUCUUUAAAGUUGAGUACCAUAUUGUAACGUAUAUGCUACCUUGCCAGCCAUAGAUACAUGUACAAAUCAAAUUUUACAGCAUCUUCAAUCGAAAUUGUGUGUUAUUUGCACUUAUUGUGAUUAACUACUAUUAAUUUGAUCUAUAUUUCAGAAGAAAAAAUCAUUAUGGUAUGUUGCUUUAAAACAAGGAUAUAAUUUGUUCUUGUAACGUAUCUGUUCACACAAUUUAAACAAGUAACUUAUAUAAAAAACGUUUAUAUUGAAAACAACAUCACAAAAGAUCCAGACGUAAUCAAACAUCAAGGCGGCUUUAACUUAUACUGCAAAAAGUGUUUACGCUAGCGUACAUAUCACUUUUUUUUACUCGUUACUUCCAUUCAAAACUUGAACAGAUACGUUACCAUUCCAACAGAUACGUUACACAUUAUAUUGUUCAAGUGUUACACUCAUGCUACUUUACAUUAUCACUAAAACAAACUUUAAAUCGAUGUAAUGGUCACUUGUGAUCAAAUAUAUGCACCUAUCUCAAAUGCUCACAUAACCAAGUCGAUUUUAUCUGGGAAAAUAAUGUACCAAAACAGAAACGUGACCAAAGUGAACAUUUUCCAAUUGGUGUAAUCCCUUAUCCGCACAUAUCCCACCCUUUUCUUUCAAAGCGUUUUACUAAUUAAUCCUUUAAAAUCCAUUUAUAGUAGUUAAAUGUAUUUGAACAUCUACAAUAACGUACACAAAUUAACCAUUAUUAUAUAUGCAUUCAUGCCUUUAGAUUUCCUAAAAUUUGGAGAUAUUCCCAUUGAAAACUAAACCAGCUGAUGCAAGUACAGUUUGUAAAAGGUCUAAUUAUAUGUUCCAAUCAAAAUCCCACGAAAUAAAACUAGAAUCCAGAUUAUCUUUGUUAGAAGCUACGAUUAUAGAACCAUUUAGAACGUAUCUGUUUAUACGUAUCUGGUCGGCAAAACUGUUUACGCCAGCAAAAUUAAAUUCACUCGGUAUUCGCUUAAAAUUUACACAUUGAACAAAAAGGUUAUACUUCAGUUUUUUAUCGUGUAAGCUAUAAAAAAGUCCCCACAACAAUGAGUAUAGUUUUAUUAGACAAAUUCAGGUCACGUAUCUGUUGAAAUUUUAACGGACAACCCACGAAUACAGAGUUUCAUGCUGGAUACUUGAUAUAUGCUUACGGAAGUGAUGUCAAUGGAUUUAUAUGCGAUAUAAGAUACCAUUUAGUCAAUAUACCAACAUAUUUAAAACGUGUAUUCACCAAUAAUAAAUGCUUGUGUUUUGGGUGUUUUGUUUAGAAACGUAUCUGGCAAGAUAUUUUGCGACAGUAGAUAAUCGCCAGAAAUCGUAUGUUAGCUUAAAUUUUUGAUAUUGAAUUAAUUAAGUUUUGUUUCGACAUAAGUAAACUUAAGCUAUGAAGGAAAACAUAUGGAUUUUAACCAAACUGAAAAAAAUGCAAAGCUUUUUGUUUUAGAAAAAGUGACGCGACAACGGUUGUUCGAGUACAUUGGCAUGUUCAUGUACACUUUAUGAGAAAAUUACCGUACGUUUUCAUAAUUUUGUUUGUUUGUUUUUGGAAAACAUAUCAAUGUUAAAAAGGUGAACUAUAGUUUUGACGCAUAGGCUAUAUUACAGGUGGGGGAAGGAUCAUGCGACAUGAUUUUCGGUUAAUGGCGCAUGAUAAGUGAGGAUGGGCGGUAAGAGAAAACGUUCUUGUUUAGAAUGAUAAUUUACACGAAGAAUACACUUCCAAAGAGAUUCCCCAGGAAACGUAAUGAAUUAUAUGCUUAUGUCUUCUGUGUCAUACAAACUAAAACCACUGCAGGUUUUGGGGAAAUAGACGUACUGUAAUGUACAACAUUUAAUAUAGCGCCCUAUCUAGCUUGACUGGGUCACUCUAAAGCGCUUUACAGUACAUAGAUA